AUGGCAAGAACCAAGCAGACAGCCCGUAAAUCCACCGGAGGCAAAGCCCCCAGGAAGCAGCUGGCUACCAAGGCUGCGCGUAAGAGCGCUCCUGCCACCGGCGGCGUCAAGAAGCCUCACCGUUACAGGCCUGGUACCGUGGCUCUCAGGGAGAUCCGUCGCUACCAGAAAUCCACCGAGCUGCUCAUCCGCAAGCUGCCCUUCCAGCGCCUUGUUAGAGAAAUUGCUCAGGACUUCAAGACCGACCUGCGCUUCCAGAGCUCGGCCGUCAUGGCUCUGCAGGAGUCGAGCGAGGCUUACCUGGUCGGCCUUUUUGAGGACACCAACUUCUCCACCGUUCUUAAGAUGUCUGGAAGAGGCAAGGGAGGUAAAGGCUUGGGGAAAGGAGGCGCCAAACGUCACCGCAAAGUUCUCCGUGAUAACAUCCAGGGUAUUACUAAACCCGCCAUCCGCCGUCUGGCUCGCCGCGGUGGAGUUAAGCGUAUCUCCGGCUUGAUCUACGAGGAGACUCGUGGUGUGCUCAAGGUGUUCUUGGAGAAUGUUAUCCGUGAUGCUGUUACAUACACUGAGCACGCCAAGAGGAAGACCGUGACCGCAAUGGAUGUUGUCUACGCUCUGAAGAGGCAAGGACGCACUCUGUACGGCUUUGGAGGCUAAAUUCUUGCU